AGCCCCCUCUGGGCUCAGGCGGCCAGGGGUGAAAGGAGGGCACCGUUUGGGCCCCACUUUAUUAUUAUUAUUUUCUUUGCUAUAACAUUUGAUUUUAACCGCAUCAUGUGUGGGUCCCUGGUGAUGCUUCCUUCUGCACAGCCCCAAGUGAGUUUGUAGCUCAGGAGAUCACUGGUCACAAUCUCUUCCUGUUGGCACUUAUUUUUUUCCUAGAAGAUAAGUGUCAUAGGGUAAGAUGGGUAUCAGUCUCAGCUGCAGAAAAAAGUAUGAGCCUUUUCAAAGGAUUUUGUUUAAAGUUAAUAAAAAUAGUGGCCUUUAUUUAAAAAAAAAAAAAGUUAUUUGUUUUGUGAUGGAGGCACAGGCUUGAGGCCACAGAUCAGGGUUUCUUGGAUUUAAGUGGGAUUGAGGUUUUUACCUUGUAUGUGGGAUUUGGCUAAAUCAUGUAUGACCUUAACUAACUGUAGUUGAAGGCUUCUCAUUAAGUUUGGUGCCCUGAAGACUAUAUAAAAUUGGUUUCCAUAAAAAAAAAGGUAUGGGGCCUGGUAUUACAAGCUCAUGUAGCAAUUUAAGCUUUUUUUCUUAAUGGUAUGCCCACUUGUGUGGGCAGGAGGUGGCUGUUUAGACCUUAAAUAAGAAUAUCUUUGAUCUUUUUUUAUGUGUGUUGCUAUUUUAAAUAGCUUAGAAAUUCCUCAGUACGUUACAUGAAGUCUUUAUUUCCAGUGCUUAAGAGUUACUGAAGUGAUUCUUCCUUUUCAGCACAAAUUAAAAAAGAAAAGAUGUAUUUAAAGUGUCACAGAACAUGGAGAUGCCUUGUGGGAUUAGGCCCUGUGUCCGUAGUCCAGUAUUUUAUGUUUUAAGCAUGGUGGAUGGUAAGGGGGAGAAUAUUUAUGCAGGGUCUAUACAGACUGGUAUGUCCCCUGCCUCUCUUCCCGGAGAGCAGCGGUUCUCAUUCUUUUUAGAUUUGAGGCACCUAUGGAUAGACUUGAGAGAUCCUUUAGUAGGUUAAGGCACCCCUUAGAAAAUGCCAGCUCUUAGUUUUCACUUUUUUUGCCUGCAGAAAAAGACUAGAAUGAGGGGUGGGGGGGUUGUUUUUGUUGCAAAGAAAGAAAUCCAUACUGUAGUAUUUUUAUUUCAAAUCUCUUGGUUUGUCUUUUGAAUUGUGUUUGUAAACCUAACAGUGCAAACAUCAUGUGACACCUCAUCGCACUCUAGAAAGGUUCUUAAGGCAUCCCAUGGCACCCUGGCUGAGAAUCACUGCCCGGAUCUUGCAGCAUCUAGAAACCUAGGAAGUAUCCAGUCUUGCUAAUGUGAUGGCAUAAACUAGUUAAAGUCAUCUAAAUUGCAUCAUGGUUCUCAGCAAUGGUGACUGAUAGCAUUACAGUGGCACUAUGGGCAUCUACUAGACCAAGCAUCAGAAGUUUAUAUUUCCUUCACUUUGGAAAUGGUUUCCCAAUGUGGAUCAUGAUGAACAUACUUUAGGGACUUGCCAUAGUAUGGCUGCUUCUCGAUCUACUCGUGUUACAAGAUCAACAGUGGGUUUAAAUGGUUUGGAUGAAAACUUUUGUGGUCGCACCUUAAGAAACCGUAGUAUUGCUCAUCCAGAGGAAGUUUCUCCCCAUCCUCAAGUACGAUCAAGAUCACCAAAGAAGAGACCAGAUCCUGUGCAAACUCAGAAGGGAAAUAAUGGUGGAAGAACUACUGACUUGAAACAGCCAAGUGCUCGGGAGUUGUGGGUGAGUCCUAGGAAGAGAGGACUGUCUACUUCAGAGAAGGAUAAUGUUGAAAAACAAACUGUGGAAAAUUGCGAGAAAAGGCAGACAGAACCUGUAUCACCAGUUUUAAAAAGAAUUAAACGUUGCUUACGUUCAGAGGCACCAAACAGUUCAGAAGAAGACUUGUCUACUAAAACAGAUAAGGAAUCAUUGGAGCGUAAGAGCUCCAUAUCGGACAAUGAUGCAGUCUCUCAAGGGAGUAAACGAGCUUGUCGAUGUCUUCUAUUGGAUGAUUGUGACAAAAGGGAAGUUAAAAAGGUGAAUGUCUGUACGGAAGGGUUUAAUAAUUCUGCAAUAGUUGAAGAGAUUGUGGGCUAUCAGGCUGUUAAUGGAGUUGAUGAGAGAGACUCAGGUACUCUAAACUGUGAUGACUGUCAGUCUGAUGGGAGCACUAAACAGAACAAUGCUAGUUCCUGUACGCCCAAGGAAAAAACAGUAGCAGAAAAUGGGAACUCAUUUGCCCAUUGUUCAUUGUUGCUUAAUAGCAGCAAGGAGGACAGUGUUGUAGACCAUUAUGUGCCUUGCACAAAUUCUCAAGAACAGGUAAAGUUAGAGGACCAUAAAAUAAUAAAUGACUGCUUGCCUGAGGAACAUGCAAAUCAGGCAGAUGAACCAGUUACAGGGUCCUUUUCUGAAAUCCAGUCAUCUUUAUUAAGGGAUUCUGAGGAGGAAGUAGAUGUGGUGGGAGAUAGCAGUGCCUCAAAGGAACAAUGUGCUGAAAACACCAGUAGCAGCCUGAAUGCUGAACAUGAUAGUACAUCAAUCUCAGGUGAACCUGAACCACCAUCUUCAAUGCUAGACUGUGUUUCAGCUCAAAUGACUUCAGUGUCAGAACUUCAAGAACACAGAUACACAUUGAGAACUUCACCACGAAGGGCUGCUCCCCGUAGUAGCCCCACUAAAAAUAACUCUCCUUGUAGAGAAAAUGGGCAGGUGGAGGAAAAUAAUCUUAGUCCCACUGAAAAGAAUGUACCUGCAAGUAUUAAUAAUAUCAAUGGAUCUCCCACAAACUCUGAUGAAAUUAAACAGAAUGAAAAAGACAGAGGUGGUGACUCUGGAGGUUUUGGGAGUGAAGGACUAAGUAAGCCACCUUCUGAGGUUAGGCUCGUUCCUGGAUAUAUAUCAUCUGCCAAAGAGAGUGCCAACCUGCACACUGCAGAAGAUGAUGAGGAAGAGCCUGACGUGUAUUACUUUGAAUCAGAUCAUGUGGCAUUGAAACACAACAAAGAGUAUGUGUAACUAUGGUAACCAUGAAUUCUGCUCUUGUUCCUUACCAAAAAAAUACAGUUAAAAAUCUAUAUAUUUUAGAGUUAUAUCACAAUAAGUAUUUAGAUUAUUUAAUUGUCCCUUUCUUAAUAACUUUCAGAAAGACUUCGCUCUUCGGUCCUUGUUCCCUCUGUCUUUCUCCUGGCAAAAUAUUUAAAAUUUUAAUCUAUUUAAUAUCCAGUGUGGUACUUCAGUAUGGUUUAUACAGUCUAACAGGGUGAGUUUUCUAGCAAGAAAUUGUUUUUGAAAUUUAUGUUUUUUUCUCUAGAGAACUAGCAGAGACCAAACUAAAGGAUUAUGUUCAAUUGCAAUUGGCACAUUUAUUUAUCCAGUUUAUGUAGUAGAUGCAGUGCCUACAGUUUUAUUAAAUUAUGAUCUUAUUAUACUGCUCUACUAGUUGCUGCAGCAUCCAUUUCCCAAUUAUUGUAGAAGGGAUUUAGCGAUAUCAUUCUCAUGCUAAUUAACUUUAGGCUUGGUGCUAAAUUCAGUGCAACAAUGUAAAGUUUUUCUUUGGUGUGGUCAUCUGUAUUCUGUUCUCAGAAUAGUCAAGCCACAAAUAUAUGUGACAACACUCCUUGUAACGGAAAGUCACUUAUUUUUAUGAAAUAGAAGUUGAAUGGAGAGAAUUAGUCCAAGAAUGAUAGACCACAGUUUUAUACCACAACUAAUUUGAGAAUUUUUUGUUAAAUUUUCUUAGACUUUUGUGUAUGUUCUCACUAUUUAGUUGGAUGUCUAAAUUUCUCUCUGAGAACCGAAAUGCCAACUAUUAAGUGAAGAUAGCAUAUAAACAUAGUUAUUGCUUGCAAUAGGAUUUGACAGAAGCCGUGGUUUCCAUAGAUAAUCACUGCCCUGGGGCAUUAUGAGGCACAAGGCACAGCUGAUUGUCUCUAAUCCUGCAGAAAUUUGUCUGUAUUAUGAUUAUUGGAGUUGCAUUUUUGUUAUAAUGAAUUUCUCUUCAGUGUUGGAUAUAAAUAAAUUGUUUUGAUUAGAGAAAGCUGCCAACUAGAUUAUAGUUUGCACAAAUUAUCAUUGUACAGCAGUGAUUGUUGACAUUAUGGUACAGCACUUUCUCAAUCUAAGUUUGUAUGUGUGUGUAUGUACACACACACUUAUUUUCAAGGGUAUUAUGUAG